UUUACUGUUUAUUUUCUAAAUUUAUGAUGAAAAUCACAAUUUAUUGUUUGUUUUUACUAUUAAAAUUUAUAAUUACAACAACAUUUAUUUAUCCUGAAGAUUUGGCAGAAAAUUUAUUAAAAAAUAUUAGUGCAUUUAAUUCUUCUAAAGAAAUUACCUUACUUUUCACCGGUGACACUCAAUACCACUUUCCCUGCGUUUCAAUCAAUCAGCAAUGCAAGGAAAGGAGUAAAAAUUGUUCUGCUCAAACAAACACAAAAAAUACAGUCAUCGACAUAAAGAUAGGGGCAAGUGUAAAUGAAAUGAAAAUUAACUAUUUUUCGGUCAAAAAAUACGUUCUAUAUAGCAAUCGAAAGCUCUAUUCGUAUCUCAGUUGA